CUCCGCGGAGCGGAGCAGCCGUCGAUGAGACGUGAGCAGCGACUCCACGCGCAGGGAGGACGAGGAUCCCUUCCGGUCCUCCCCCGCCGUCCUCUCGGCGGCUCGCUAGUGCAUCGCUGUGAUCUGUGCCGCUUGCUCGAACUUCAUGGCGGAUCGAACAGCGUUGGAUUGAGGCGGCAGCUGCGGUGGUGAGGAAUGGCGGCGGGGUCACUGCUGUGGCUUGCCGUGGCUGCAGCUUUGGCUACAGCCCUUGCAGCAGACAGCGGGGAGGUACGCCGGCAAUGGGGUGUACCAGAUACCAGCAUCGUUGUGGGUCGGCUAUUCAACUUCUCAAUUCCGGCAGAUGCCUUCCAGGGGCAUGUCUCCAAGUUUCAGGUGGUUGAAGCAGGUGAGGAUCGGCUGCCAUCUUGGCUUUCACUGGUGGAAGAAAAAGGCAGCAGCCCGCUGGUACGACUGGUGGGUGUGCCCCUGCAAGGUGAUGUGGGUCCUCACUACUUGGCGGUCAAGGCCAUUGGAGGCACCCACGGUGAAUCACAGGCCCAGGACGUCUUCUCUGUGGAGGUUCUUGAUGAAGAACGAAUUGCAACACGAGGUCCUUGCGGGUCAGGUGACCCGAUAGCUGUGGCCGUGCUCACAGUCGACGCUGACGCCAACCGUGAAUCUCCAGAGGCGCGAGCUCAGCUGCUGUAUGGCUUGGCCAAAUUUCUCGGCUUUUCUACUAAAGAAAUAACCCUCUGCCCAAUGGCCCCGGGCGAGCCGGCUUACGAUGAGGCGGCCCUUCUGGCUGGAGCAGGCAACAGCCGACAACGGCACACACAGGGCCUUCGACUGCGGUGGCGCGUGGGUUGCAGUAGUGAUGUGGAAGCAGCUCACGCAGCUGCCUUGGCUCGACUGGAGACUGCAGCGAGAGACAGUACUUUGGCAAAACUCCUUGGGCACUCAAUUGUCGGCUGGCAUGUAUCGAAUGUGCAAGCACGACAAACACGAGCCCAUGCCAAUCAUGUUGCUGGCACUCCGCUUUUGCCUGCUGUGCUUCCCACCAUAGUCAUCAGCAGCAGCAGCAGCAGUGGAAGCGACGAGCAACCCAUUGCGACGCCUGAAACACGCAUCGUGCCCACAAUGGCAUCGCCCAUGAUAGGUGGACAUUCUUCCCAUGCGCACCGGCAUCACCAUGGCGACCAUGUUAGGCAUGGGGUCAUUGCCCCAUCGCCCACGCUCACCAUGGUGACCCUGCCUACAGCACUUCCCAUCGGGGCACACGCCACCAUUGCCACCGAUUCGGCCAACGCGCACUGUGACUGGCUGGGAGGCGAGUGGUGUUUUGAGGCAACCCCGACCUUUGGUCCUGGCAUUGUGGAGCCCACGAGUCGGCCACCCGAGCCAUCGCUAAGCCCGCCUCUUCAACCAACUGUGACCAGAAAGCCUGGUAACUCGCGGCCCAUGCUAAACAAACGACUUCAGAAGCUGAUUGUAACAGCGGGCAAGGUGUGGAGCUACCAGAUCCCGAAAGACGUCUUCCUUGAUGCGGAAGAUGGUGACACACGCAAUUUGAAGCUCAUGUUUGUCACCUCAGCAGGCACAGCCAUUGAACCACGUUCAUGGAUCCAGUUUGACCCCGAAAAGCAGACCCUGUCAGCUUUGCCACUCGAUGACAACAUUGGCAAGUACACAUUCAUCUUGGAAGCCAUGGAUGCUGAAGGAGACACUGUGCAGGACAUGGUUGAGAUCAAUGUGUGGCAGCAUACUGGUGCACGAGCAGUUCACCAUAAGUUCAAUACCACUCUUAAACCGAAACGCUGGGAGUACGUCAACAGUCUGGACUGGCAAAUUGCUGUCGUGCGCCGGCUCGCAAAGUUCUUUGGGGAUCCUGAUGAAUCCCAAAUUACUGUGCUGGCAGCAAUGAGCGAUCCUUUUUCACUUUCAUGGACCAAUGAUUCGCUGCCCAAGCACCCUUGCCCCCGUGAACAAUUGGAUACACUCUACGAUCGGAUGGUUGACAAGGCUGGUGGGCCAUCGCCAGCCUUCAAGAAGGCUCUAGGUAAUCUCAAACUUCUCUCUGUACGGGUGGAAUACUCAGGUGUAUGCCAGCCUCCAGCAUCUUCCGCACCUCCUCUUGAAAACCAAGCACCCACUAGACGCAACCCCAUUGGCCAGAUCAAUGCCACUGUGGGAGAAAUCUUACGUUUCAUAAUUCCUGAUGACACCUUUUAUGACUAUGAAGAUGGUUCCACUCGGUAUCUGGCAUUGAGCUUCCUUUCUGCUGAUGGGGUGCAGCUGCCCCAGACUUCUUGGAUACAGUUCAACCCACGGACACAAGAGCUGUAUGGCCUGCCCUUGGACGUUGACAUUCCGAGGCAUGAGUUCCAAAUGGUUGCCCAAGACAGUGCUGGUGCGACAGUCACAGAUGUCUUCGUUGUGCUAGUACAGCCUCGUGCACAAAUGAAGUGGGCGGUUGAGUUCAGCCUACACUUAAAAGAGGACUUCGAAGCGUUCAGCCGCAACAUCAGCCGCAAGGUCUUAGUGGCAUGGAAGCUGGCACAGUUGUAUGGUGAUCCUGACCCAAGGUUCAUAACAGUAAACACCAUCAGCCAAGGUUCAGUUGUGUAUGCCUGGACCAAUAACACGCUUCGUUAUGAACCAUGUCCUACAGAAACCAUCCUUCAGCUCAUGCGACGUCUCGUACAUGACAACCAGACUUUGACACAGCGUCUUAUAGACGAAAUGCGCCCAGAGUUUCAUGUACUCAAGGCAGACACUAUGCCUCUGGGUCUAUGUAUGGACAAAGGCCUUCCACCCUACCAUUGUUGCGGGAGCGGGAACAGCGCUGCACCCACUGCACCACCUCCUGGAGAAACUAUUCCACCAGCUGAUGAUGAUGUGUAUAUAACUACCAUAAUUCCGGCAGCUGUGAUCGCAGCAAUGCUUCUGCUAGCUGCCCUCAUCGCCUGCCUUCUGUACCGUAAAAAGCGCAAGGGAAAGCUCAGCAUGCAAGACAGCAGCACGUUCAUCAACAAGGGCAUACCCAUCAUAUUUGCUGACGAAUUGGAAGACAAGCCGGAUCCAGCGAAGCCACCGGUUAUAAUGAAAGAAGAGCGGCCUCCUCUACCGCCUCCCGAGUACCCACGUGGGGCCACACCUCAAACGGGACGCCGUACCAUCACGCCUCGAGGAGCUGAUAUUGCGGACAGUGCUGCACCUUACCAGCACCCAACGCCGCCGUUUGCGUCGGGACAUGCUGACCGGAGGCCCAAGGCUGCUCCCACCUACAGGCAGCCACCGCCAUAUGUCCCACCUUAGUACUAGACCAUCUCUCAAGAUGUGACUGAGCCUGAACUGUCCAGCUUCUAUUGGACUGAGGCAGAAGUGUGAGACGUGACCACCAGUUCGGUUUAUGAGCUUCCCGCACUUGUGAAUUUGCUAGAAAAGUGAAGCCAAACACAUGGAAUAUAAUUUACUCGCUUGUGCUUGUUGUCGAGUGAAAGAUUGCAAGAGUGGCAUAGAUAGUUGGCCGACAUAAGUAAACAUUUUCAAUCUCAAACUAUGCCGGUAAAUGGAAGCUUCGACUUGGUCGCUAACACUCUCAGAGCUGAGCUAAGCUGUGAGUGCACUAGUUGGUUGCAAAAACCCAGCUUGGAUGAGGCCAACAUGUCACACUAGGAGGGUGCCAUUUAGCUGCGCAAAAAUUGCAGACGUGCCAUCAAAAUGGGGAGCAGCACAACUGACAGCUGCGGAAAUUUGGUCUUCACUGCAUGAUAUUGCGCCUGGGUCACCUCUUACUGUGAAUGGAGUGCAGCACUCAGUAAUGUGAAAGGGCUGCUGUGUGGAGUGCGCUGCCAUUGCUGACGAAAAAUGGUGUUCAAAGAGAGUGGCACCCCACGUGUGUCCUUAAUUGCGGCAUCACUCUUUCUUUGCUUUGGGCCGGCGCACCAAGAGAAAUAGGUUCACCACCAAUGGAGUCAAGUGCUGAAAUGUAGGGAGCGCAGGCAGCUUAUCAAGUAAGGCAUCUCACAAGUUUCAGCGCAAGCAGUGCGUUGUGGUGGUUUUUCUCAGCAGCUGCCGCAGUCCAAGCUGAGCUGAAACAUGGCUUCUUAUGCAGGUGUGUCUACUGUGUCAACCGUGCUUUACAGGAAAUUGCUUCAGUGAGGAGAUAGAAACAAAAUUACACUUGCCCGGUUCUGUCCGCUAAGACCCUUUUUCCCGUGUGGUGUUUCUUCUCCCAGAUUUCCUUCCGCCCCGCAAGACGUGUUGUUCGAAACCACGUUCAUUGAACGGGUCAUAGGAGCAAGUGGCGCCUUGCAAAGCCUUCAAGUGCAUUCUCCUGUGGCCGUUCUCGCCCCUCUGUGCCCUCUUCUACAAAAGCAACAGUGACUUCUUCGAAAAAAAAAAAAUGACUUGUCACCUGAUCAAGGACAUGCAGCAGGUGUUCAGUCUAUUUUUUCUCUUCUGUGUGCAUCGUGUGUCGGCAAGGUGACUGCUCUAUACAUCGAAGUACUUGCAGUCACUGAGGGGCUUGCUAGUGGUUGGACUCUUCUUGAUUUUAUUUUUUCUUUGAGAGUGAUGUAGGCAUUCAACAUAUGCUGUUCAUUCUUGUGUAAGCCCUUCCGAGAAGGCACGCUGUGGGGCUGAAAGCCAACACGCAUCACUAUUAUAGGAGAAGGAGUGAUCAAAAGAUUUCUUUUAUCUAACUUAAACACUGUGUACUUGGUGACAGGUUAUAAUUGGCCCUUUUCCUAAUGUGCAAGUAAGCUUUUCAGCAUAGAACGUUUGCCCAACUGACCGUAACAAUACUAAUACGAGGACUAAAUGUCAGACUGUUUCACCUUAAUUUACCUGUCGUGGUAGCCCAGCAAGUAAGCGAUUGCGGUGCUAAACUCGAGGGUGUGGGUUCAAUGGCCAGCAACGGUAGAAGAAUUUUGAUGGAGGCAAAAUGCACUAACACCUGCGUUCUUGAAUAUAGGUGCACAUUAAACAACCUCAGUUUGUUGAUUAUAAUGUGGAGUCCUUCACUACAGUGCUUCAUAAUCAUAUCAUGGUUUUGGCGCAUGAACACUAUUGUGCUAUUAUUGGUCUUCAUGCGUCUGUGCUGUCAAGCUAAAAGAUAGAUGAUGUCGCUAAGUUCAAGGUUCAGAUUUUAGAAGUGCUGGCUGCAGUUGGUAGUACUUUCUUGCUUGUUGUUCCAUCAUGAUUCUUUUGUUUCUUUCUUUCUCAUUGUAAGGUGAGCCAAUUACACAGUUAUGCCACCAUUAGUUCAGCAGGCAGCCACUGAGAAGUCUUGCUUUAGUGUUAUGAAAAGGGCCCAUGUGUCUGGAUUUGCUCACCCUAUUGCGACGUUUGCAUGAGGUGACAUGGCAGCCUCUUGAAUUUUUGCACAAGUUUUUAUUGUGCUUCAUGCAUUGUGUGGACCAGGUGCUGAUGCAUCAGGGAGUCUAGUUGUGUUCAUCGUUAAUAUAUAUAUUAUAUAUUAUGUAUACAUAUAUCUUUGUCCUCGAUUUGUACAUGGGCAGGGCCCUUCAUGCUUUUUGUGUCUUACAAGCUUGUGUGGCGCAGUGUAAGCCUACACAUUAACCAGACUUUUCUUAUGACAGCCUGGAAGCAUUUUUUCGCUCACAAACAAAUCUCUAGCAAGUCUGAAACCGCUGUUACAUCAUCACAUUUGCCACUGUAGUAUACCACAUUCAGCGACUUGAAAAAAUGUCUACUGUUCAAACUGUUGUGUCUUGUGCCAUACAAGGUUCCUCACGGAGGGCGUUUCUCCUUAUUGCUGCCACAUGCUUUUGCAGGUAACCUUCAGCAUUUGCUGAUGUACGGCAUUUUACGAGACCUGUUUAAACCUUCGGGUGGCCGUGACACAACACUCUGUUAAUGACUUAACGCCUUAGCCCAGAGUAUCCUAAUCCCAGUGAUCAGUAGCCAUGAGAUUUUUGUAAGCUCUUGCCUACAGUGGUUAUAUAAAUAUUUUACUUUUAUGGGAUCGUUAUGCAUCUUAAAACCUUGGUUUAGAUGUUUUUUAUUCAGGAAUGUCAGUAAGUGCUACCUGUUAACGGUGGACUGGCUGUCACGGUGCAACAGCUAAGUCAUACCUACAUUGCAAAAUCAUUGUGCUUGGCUGUGAAGGAUAAAAAUGGGUUGAAAUGUCUUGUCCAGUGAAACUUAGUGGGUGGCAACAAACCUGAACAGCUAAUUUAGUUCAUUGAUAACGGUGUCCUUUGCCAAUCAUGGUGAUGCUUUAAGUCCCCGAACUACAGCCUGCAAAGGGCUUGCACGUGCUGCAGAAUUUAUCAUAGACCUUUGUUUGAAGGCCCGUUAUUCUUGGCUGUGCUUGAGCUUCGUGUUCCGUAUAAUUGUAGUGGAUGCGCGGAAGGCUAGGCUAUUUUCAAGGUUGAUACUUUUCGCUUUUGUAUUACAUGGCAUCUUGCUCAAGUAGCAGGCAUUCUGACUACUUGCUUGGGCGAUCAGUGCAGUGCUAAAAAUUAUGUCUAAAAGUGUUCAGUCAAGAAUGCAAACCAAGUGCUGUUCAUAACCACCUUGUAGCAAAGGGACAUAGUUCUUUUCGUGCAUUUUGCUGUUUUUUAAUUGUGCAUGUUGUGGCGUCACUAGACAGUGCUUCCUUUAUGUGGUUUAGUUGCUUGUGCAUUGGGUUUAGGUUGUGUUCUCCGGUGGGCAGGUUGUCUCAUUCACGUAUGUGUGGGUAGAUGAGGUGAACAGGAAUGCAUGGGAAUGCCUGCUAUCAGAAAGCCUGGCAGUACAGAAUUGCCAAAGAUCAAGCACUGUCUCCUGCCGUGCACUGAAUUAUUUGUUUCUGCAUUGUCGUGCAACAUGUGGCUGCCCGUGCUUUGGCAGGCUGGCAACGGGAGCUGCGCAAUGGUAUGGGCGGCUUACAAUCAUCCUAAGUCAGUGUAAUGUAACUCAUAUAGAGUUUCAUGCCAAUAAAUGUGUUGACUUUUGAAAG